CGCGCUGUCAGAAGUACGAAAACAAACGCAUCGUCGUCGAUCUUUCUUUUUGCCGAGUUCCAGUAGCCUCGAUGCGAAUACGUGUGCGGGAAAAACUGAAAGCUACAAACCGAUUUCUCGGCUGGUACGGUUCACGGAUAUCGUAACAGCCCUGGCGGUCAUCGGCCGUGAGUGUACUGCUGCGGCCGGACAGAUGGAUAAGUCCAAGUCCACCGCCACACGCGCCACCGUAUCCGGCGGUGGAGGUCGCGUUAAACCGGACAAACAAUCACGCAAGGAUAAGAAGGACAAGGGCGGCAAGUCGGGCGGUUCGAAUAAGCGCAACAAAAAGAACAAGAAGGAUGGCCCACCACUCAUGACCCGGGUGGUCAUUCGCCGUUUACCACCGACAAUGACGCAAGCGGUGUUCUGCGAGCAAAUAUCGACGGAUGGGAAGAUGCCGAACAAUGACGAGUUUUACUUUGUUGGGCCCGACUGGACCCUAGGACACAAUGCAUCCUGCCGGGCGUACAUUAACUUUACGAAUUCGGAAGACGUGUUCCGGUUUACCGAUAGCUACGAUGGUUACACGUUUGUCGACGCCAAGGGUAUGGAACAUCAAGCCGUGGUGGAGUACGCGCCAUUUCAGAAACUGCCCAAAACCCGAUCUCGCCGAAAGGAUCCCAAAUGUAAUACGAUCGAAACGGACACGCACUUCCUAGCGUUUCAGGAAGCCCUGGCAGCGGAAGAGCAGGAAGCGUUGCACGGGCGGGGAACGCAAGAGUUCAGCUUUAAGAUAGAGCAAGAGGAAAAAACCACGACAACACCUUUGCUCGAGUUCAUCGCACAAAGGAAGCAAGAGAAGCGCGACGAAAAGCGCCGCAAGCAGGAUGAAAAACGCCGAAUGCGCGAAGAGGAACGGCACAUGCGGAAGACGCAGAUAGCAAGAGCAAUGCCGGACGUUAUCCGCGAAGAGGAGGUUAACGAAAUAAUGGAACGGACGGUUUUGUCACGUCCAUCAAAUACGAUUCAAAAUGUAUCCAAAUCGGGGGCAAAUUUUGCCACCAAAGGGGGACCGGACGGAAAAUUUAAGGAUGAUAAGGAUAAAAAGUCCAAGAAUAAGAAAGAUAAAGAACGAAAUCGGGACAGAAAGGGCGAGGAUACGAAAUUGCCACAGGAAGGAGGAAAGCCGGAUGGUGAUAAAAAUGCGUCCAGCAAGAAGCAACAAGAUCGCGAUAAGGCUGGUAAAAAGCUGAAGGAAAAGCCGGGCAGAGAUGAGCCCCGAUUCAGGGAGCAGAACCAGCCACCGAAAGGAGAGCGAAAUGAAAAAUCGAAGAAGGAAAAAGCACCGGUCGGCCACGCUGGUGGGAACGGUGAACAGGCGUCAACGUCCAAGGCCAGCGUGCAACCUGCAAACGAUGGUGCUGGCAAAAAAGAGGUAAAGAAGUACAGUGAGCGACGUAAAGAAACGCGCGCCCGUGCCGAAACACGGUUCGCCGAGCAGGACAACAGCAACGAGCCAAAUUCCGCCAAAGACGCUCGUCCGCCGGCCACUGAUAAGGUGGUGGAAGUGAAGAAAAGCAUACUCACCGCCAACGUACCACCGUUUAUACCGAAGGAGAAAACGACCAUCCUGCUGGCCGGUCACACGUCGACGGCGACGAACAUUCCCGCCGAUCACAACAAGCUGGUGGAAAAGAUGGCAAAAGUUGCGUUAACGGACAAUGGCAAAAAGUCACCGUCACCCGAUGGUGCGGACGGUUCGGUACCGGCCACAAAGCCCAAGUUGUCCGAAAAACAGAAGGAAAUGCGUGAAGCACGCAAAAUUCGUAAUAAAGAUCGUCCAUCGAUUGAAAUCUAUCAGCCCCGCAAGCGGAUAGUUUCGGGUGGCACGGGCAAAAGUGAGGACGAUCGUGGCCGAAGCGAUUCCGACCGCCCCUCGGACAAUGUAUCGGCUUCGGCAUCGGCAGGAGCUGCCGCUGAGUCGGGAGACGGUGCGAAAGAGCGCCGCCAUAAGCUUACAAAGAAAGCGUCCGAUCGGCAGCAGCGGGAACGAAAGAACGGAAGAAAGAACUCGAUGGAGGCGGAUAGUUGCAAGGAUACAACGCCCAGCAGUGUACAGUAGGGUGAGCUUGGAAACAGUUGUAAGCCGCCGCCAGUUCAGAUGCGUGCAGCAUAGAAUCGCCCACUCGCAAAGGUCCGGAACUAUAUAUCGACAGUAGCAGCAAACGCGAUGCUAGAGAUGUUGGAUGGAAAAGCAAAUGGCACGGCUAUUAGAAACCUUUUCCCAUUUUGCUGAUUGUGUUUCUUAAA